AUGAUUUUUGAAGCACUUUUUGAUUUUAUGGAUUUUACUGGCUGGCUGUUGUUCAGUCUUACACUGUUACUUCUGAUAGAUGUGGUCAGAAACUGGAGGCAGCACAGCUUUCCCCCUGGACCCUGGGCGGUGCCGUUUCUAGGAAAUGUCUUCACAGGAGUGGACUUCAAAACAUUGGAGAAGCUCGCUCAGAAGUACGGCCCAGUGUUCAGCUUGAGGAAAGGCAGCGAGAGGAUAGUGUUCAUUUCGGGCCACAAGAUGGUCAAAGAGGCUCUCGUUCGCCAGCUGGACAGCUUUGUCGAUCGACCUGUUGUCCCCCUCUUCCACGAAGUCUUCAAGGGGAUUGGCAUAGGUUUGAGCAACGGUUACCUUUGGAAGCAGCAGAGGAGGUUUGCCACCAAUCACCUGCGUCACUUCGGGGAGGGCCAGAAGUCGUUGGAAAAAUACAUCGAAGUGGAAACCAAUUUCCUCUGUGACGCUUUCAAAGAGGAACAAGGCAAAGCAUUCAACCCCCACUACAUCAUAACGACCGCAGUGAGUAACAUCAUCUCGUCCGUGCUCUUUGGACAUCGCUUUGAAUACAGUGAUCAAACCUUUCGAAGGGUUCUGGAGCUGGACAAUGAGGCCAUUGUGUUCGCCGGCUCUCCUCUGAGUCAGCUGUAUAACGCCUUCCCCGGCUUGCUGAAGCACCUGCCGGGACCUCACCAGACUGUCCUCGGCAACUACCAGAAGAUCAUGACUUUCCUGAAAAAGGAGGUCGAGAAGCACCAGGAGGAGUGGAACCCCGAUGACCCUCGGGACUUUAUCGACGUAUACCUGGCAGAGAUGGAGAAGAAAAAGAAGGAUCCCCAGGCCGGCUUCAACCUCGAAACGCUGCAGGUUUGCAUUCUGGACCUGAUUGAGGCUGGUACCGAAUCAGUUGCCACCACUUUACGGUGGGCCCUCGUCUACAUGAUGCACUACCCAGAGAUACAGGAGAAAGUCCAGGCAGAGAUAGACGGAGUGGUCGGACAGUCUCGUCAGCCCACCGUGGCCGACAGACCCAACCUCCCCUACACCGACGCCGUCAUCCAUGAGACUCAAAGGAUCGGAAAUAUCGUUCCCAUAGGAUUCCCCAAAAUGGCCAGUAAAGACUCUAUACUGGGAGGAUACUUAAUACCCAAAGGCACAACUGUAAAUACCAUUCUUGCAUCUGUGCUGGUUGAUACGAAGGAGUGGGCGACUCCAGAUAUCUUCAAUCCCGAGCAUUUCUUGGAUUCAGAGGGCCAGUUCCGCAGAAGAGAGUCCUUCCUGCCGUUUUCAGCAGGUAAACGUGUGUGUUUAGGGGAGCACCUGGCCAGGAUGGAGCUGUUCCUUCUCUUUACGUCUUUCCUCCAACGCUUCACCUUCUCUCCUGUUCCUGGAGAAAUGCCCAGCUUGGAGGGUGUGCUGGGCUUCACCUAUUCCCCCAACGAGUUCAGGAUCCUGGCUGAGCCUCGCUGA